AUGAGUGCGAGAAGACCCAAGGAUGUCGAGCUAUCUGACGAUAUUGAUUUCAUCAAGACACCCGCAGCUAAGCCCUCAGAAUUUGAAACCGGCGAAGACUGCGGGAUUGCCUUGACCAAUUCCCCAGCCAUUCACAAUGCUCCGUUGCCAGCCGACGGUGCUGGAAACGAGAGCUUCUCCAACCUCCUAUUAGCGGGGGCCCUCACCGGAGUCCCCAGUCUUCUCACCUUCCUGCUGGGUGGUGGAGUGAAAACGUUCGUGUUCCUUGCCCUCCUUUCGGUCCUUCCUGUCUUGGUGGCCUUUUGGACGUGGACUUCUACCUGCAGUCCACGCACCAACAACAAAGUAAAAUUGCCUGGCCGAAACGUUGAACAUUAUGUGACCUUCAAGCGCGAAGAGGAUCGGUCGAGAUGGCAGGGGAAAAACAAGAUCCCCAUGCAGACCUUCGCUGAAAUGUACUUGGACGGCUUGGUGGAUUUUAACGGCGACGCACUCGACGUCAUGGAAUACCGGCACGAUUGGGCGAACUUCGCAUUUACCUGGCAGUUGUUCAAAUUCAUCGUUUUCACCUUCUUCAUCAAUGUUAUCUUCCACACGAAGGCCCAGGAUGAGGAGCAGAUCCGCCCCAAUUACGACCGCGGCAAUGACCAUUACGCCUGGUUCCUCGGCCCUCGUAUGAUCUACACCUCAGGAAUCAUCUCGGAUCCGGAGCAGGAAGAAACCCUGGAGGAAUUACAGGAUAACAAAAUGGCGGUCGUCUGUGAAAAGAUUGGCCUGAAAGAGGGCGAGACGAUGCUGGAUAUUGGCUGCGGCUGGGGAACCCUGGCCAAAUUCGCCAGUCUAAAUUAUGGUGCCAAAGUGACUGGACUCACCAUUGCGGAGAACCAGACCGCUUGGGGCAAUGACGCUCUCCGGAAGGCCGACAUCUCCGACCAACAGAGCCGGAUCCUCUGUAUGGAUUACCGCGACGUUCCCCGCGCGCAGUAUGACAAGAUCACGCAAUUGGAAAUGGGCGAGCACGUCGGUAUCCGGAGACUUACCGGAUUUUUUCGCCAGUGCUAUGACAUGCUCAAGGACGAUGGAGCCAUGUACGUUCAGCUUUCUGGCCUGAGACAGGCAUGGCAGUACGAGGAUUUUAUCUGGGGCUUGUAUUUGAACAAGUACAUCUUCCGUGGUGCGGAUGCUUCGACUCCUCUGUGGUAUUACGUUAAGUGUUUGGAACAAGCUGGAUUCGAGGUCAAGGGGAUUGAUACUGUCGGUGUCCACUACUCUGGAACGCUCUGGAGAUGGUACCGUAACUGGACUGGAAACGUCGAAGCAAUCGAGGCCAAGUAUGGACCAAAAUGGUACAGGAUUUGGGAACUCUUCCUCGCCUGGUCCGUCAUCGCUUCUCGCCAAGGUUUCGCCACCUGUUACCAGAUGGUUGUCGUUAAGAAUCUGAACUCGACGCAUCGAAUUAACGGGGUUUCCACUCAGUUUGGCCUGGCGGGUGCCCUCGACGCCAGCAAGAAGGCGGGCAAGUCACGGCUGCCUUGA